GCACGUCCCGGGAAUCCACUGGCCUCAAUCUGUCACUCUCGCACUGACCAGAAGAUUUCACUGUAGUCCCGCCUCCUCUCUGCGCCCCAACCCCGCCCUCGGCAUGCGGACACACUGACAGAACCACGCCCCUGCUCUCUCCCUCAAGCGUGCCCUGGCUUUCCUCUCUCCGACCCCUGUUGUGCCUGCGCGCGCGUUCCCGCCUUGCCUCCUGGGCUGCCUGUGGCCGGAGCUUUUCACCCGGGAGAGGAGGAGGAGGAGGUGAGAGUCGGUGUGAGACAGAGAGACGGGGCUGACUGGGAUUUACUCGCCGGAGCAAGGGAGAAAGGAAGACCGGGACACGGGGCUCUGACAGGCUGGACUGAGUGACACACCUCCCCGGCUCCCGACACUGAGGUUGCAGCUAUCUGUACAUAGGGGGUGGGAUCCACCCCACGGCCCCCGGGCAUCAUGAGCUGGGGCACGGAACUGUGGGAGACCCGAGAGCAGAAAUGAGAAGAGCUUAAAACCUCAGGUAUUUUCUGAAUGAGAAGUCACCAGGAGGCCACCAGAGGCCUGGUACAUAUAACCCUAGGGACGGCUUGGUAGCAAGACAUGUCUACGAUGAGUGCUAUGAAUUUCCUCAGGAGAUCGGAUCUGGAGAAGGAUCAGUUUGACAACUUAGAAAAACACACACAGUGGGGAAUAGAAGUGCUGGAAAAAUACAUCAAGUUUGUAAAGGAGAGAGCAGAGAUUGAAAGCAACUAUGCAAAACAGCUGCGGAAUCUUUCAAAAAAAUACCAAACCAAGAAGAACUCCAAAGAAGAGGAAGAAUCAAAAUACACAUCAUGCAAAGCCUUCCAAACCACACUGAAUGAAAUGAAUGACUACGCUGGUCAGCAUGAGGUCAUUUCAGAAAACAUGGCGUCCCUAAUAACCGUGGAACUAACGCGGUUCGUGCAGGAGCUGAAACAGGAGAGAAAGCAGCACUUCCAUGAAGGUCGCAAGGCUCAGCAACACAUCGAGACAUGCUGGAAACAGCUGGAAGCAAGUAAAAGAAGGUUUGAACGGGACUGCAAGGAGGGUGAACGAGCACAACAAUACUUCGAGAAAAUGGACGCUGAUAUUAAUGUGACAAAAGCUGAUGUGGAAAAGGCUCGACAACAAGCGCAGAUACGGCACCAGAUGUCGGACGACAGCAAAGGAGACUACUCCUCCGUGCUACAGAAGUUUAAUCAUGAGCAGCACGAGCACUACUUCACGCACAUACCUAGCAUCUUUCAGAAACUACAAGAUAUGGAGGAGAAGAGGAUAGGAAGGAUGGGAGAAUCCCUGAAAACCUAUGCGGACAUAGAUCGUCAAGUGGUCCCGAUCAUUGGAAAGUGUCUAGACGGAAUAACGAAAUCCGCGGAAUCCAUCAGCGAGAAGCACGACUCCCAGAUGGUUGUAGAAUCCUUUAAAUCUGGGUUCGAGCCUCCAGGAGAUAUUGACUUUGAAGAUUUUACGCAGUCCAUGAAGCGCACAGUGUCUGACACCAGUCUAACAAAGACUGACAGCAAGUCAGACCCCAAGGUUUCCAGUAAAUCCCGCAACAAACUUUGGCCUUUCAUCAAAAAAAACAAGCCGGCUGUUUAUACAACUCGCUAUAAACACGCCACCUUCCGGGGCUUUCAUUUCUCAAACUGGGCGUCUGGAACGUGGCUUAUGUCCCUCCUUACAUCCCCUCAUCAGCCCCCUCCUCCUCCACCUUCCUCUCCCUCUGCUGUUCCCAAUGGCCCCCACUCUCCCAAGCAGCAAAAGGAACCCCUCUCCCACCGCUUCAACGACUUCAUGACUUCCAAACCCAAAAUGCACUGCUUCCGAAGCCUAAAGCGAGGGCAGACACAGCCAGACACAGUGUGCUGUGCUGACAAAGGGAUGAUGAAGAGGACUAUAGGGAAGCCCACGUGUGCCUUUGAGGCUAGGGAAUAUGUUCUUUCUCUGAAGCUGGGCUCGACUCCCGAGGACUUCAGCAACCUCCCACCGGAGCAGAGGAGAAAGAAGCUGCAGCAGAAGGUGGAUGAACUAAACAAAGACAUCCAGAAAGAAAUUGAUCAGAGAGACGCCUUAACCAAGAUGAGAGAUGUAUAUACGAAGAAUCCACAGAUGGGCGACGCAGCCAGCGUGGGCCAGAAGUUGGUUGAAAUUGGGAAUAACAUAGAGAAACUGAGAGUGGAAGUCCAUAAGUUUGAGGGCUGGCUGGCAGAGGUGGAGGGCAGGCUUCCAGCACGAAAUGAUAGUUCACGCAGACAAAGUGGAUUAUAUGACACUCAGAACAUACAAACAGUCAACAACUGUGCACAGGAUCGAGAAAGCAGCCCAGAUGGCAGUUACACGGAAGAUCACAGCCAGGAGCCAGAAGUGAAGGUGACACCUACCGAAUUCGAUGAUGAUUUUGAUGAUGAGGAGUCCCUGCCGACAAUAGGGACAUGUAAAGCUAUAUACCCGUUUGAUGGGGAAAAUGAAGGAACAAUAUCAGUGGCAGAAGGAGAAAUACUCAACGUGAUCGAGGAGGACAAAGGAGACGGCUGGACACGGAUCCGUAGAAAUGAGGAGGAAGAGGGUUACGUGCCAACAUCCUACAUUGAAGUUUAUUUGGACAAAAAUGCCAAAGAUUCCUAAAGGUGUGCCAGGAGCAAGGACUCUGGGGCGAGCUUGUAACAGGACGCGAAACACCCAGGCAGACGCACACAAACCCCAAUCCUCCGGACUGUUCCAACAGGAGUUGCACACACAACGGUUAUUUAAAAUCAACCCCAAAAAAAGCUUAGGCUCAAUUAACAGCACAUUCUCUGGCCUUUCGCUUGCCGCUGCUUUUGUUUAUCGCACUUGCACUUUUCUGAUUUUUUCCCCCGUGCGGCGCACAACUUUACAUGUAACUCAUAACCUAACUGCUUCCAAAAUGUUAUAUUUACUCAGGUCUAUACUCUGUAUCACUGCCCUGCGUUAUCCCUUCUCAUAUGGUCUCAUCACAGAAUAUCGCUGCCGCCGUUGUAACCCACACAUCAGGUUUUAGUCAUUUUCACCAAAAUCAGAAGGUUGCAGCUUUGUGCGCAAACAGGCAGUGGCAAGAGAAGAGUUAAUUAAGACUAACUUUUUUUGUGUGUAGUUGCCCUUUAAUAUUCACCAUAUUAUUGUACACAAACAAACCAGCUCUCCGCUAACUGUUGCACUCCUUGGUCCUAACAGGCAGCUUCUCAGCGUCCCAUGGGGCUUUGCAGUCAUUUCAGCACAUUAGCCUAACAUCCCUGUCCUGCAGAAUGUCUCACAAUAUUAAAGGGGCACUAUUACUUUUUUUAUUAUAAUUUUUAUUUAAACACUGUAAGUUCUAGCCAUCAUUUAACAUAAACAGGACGUAUUUAAAUAUAUUAAAAAUGCUCUUAUACUAAUUAAAAACUGUAUUUUUUAUGCUUGCAAGGUCUCUCUUGUUUGCAUUCUCCAGCCAUUGACUCAAACUCUGACCUGGCUCACGAUGCAUAGAGUGGUUCCUCUUCUGAGGUGCAUCCAGUGGACCAACCCUGCUGCUUCCCCUUGACUUGAAUGGAAACCACCUGCUAAUGCUUGUUUUUAAACCAUGAGUGAACUGUACCGGCUGUGUCCUUUAAAGGCAAUGGGAAGCAGUAUGGGCAAUUUUGGGUGUAAUAUUGCACGUUCCACCUAGAGGCAAAAUGUAGAAUUCAUUCAUAGAUUCAAAAAUAGUGAUAGUGUCCCUUUAAAUCACAGGAACAUAAAGGGAUGGAUUAAAAACAAAAGCUCUCAAUAUGUUUUAGACUAUUAGCUACAAAAUAUGCCUCCCUGUAAAGGCACAAAGCCACAGCCGCUUUUAUACUGGUCACAGGCCUCUAUUUUUUUUAUUAUUAUAUACGUGUUAGAGUCAUGGGACAUGCAAAACAUCACUGUGCACCAUUGUUUUGCUGUCUACGGCAUAAUGAGAGUCUAUUUUUAGUGCCCCAUGCCAUUUCCACAAUGACAGAUGCUUCUGCUGCCAUAUUUAUCCAAUCACCCCCUUAAGACCAUCUCAUGUUGAGGAUCCUCAACAUUUUAUUUUUGUUCUGCUUCUCCUUUUUUUAAAGUCAUUUUCCAUCUCUCCUUUCCCUGCUAUACUGUAUGGUCCUGUCUUGGGAUCCUCCUCGUGCUUCUGCCUCUUGGUUUAUCACUCGCUGUCUGUUGGACCUGUUUCAUCUGGUCACUCUCUUUUUUCUGCCUGCAUGCUCGCCCUGUCUCCUUGCCUCUGCUCACUUAAAGGGUCACUCUAAAUUAUUGUUUGAGUUUCUUACCUUAUUUCUGCAUAAAAGCUAAAAGCAACAACCAUCCUUUAGUAGAUACUACUAAGUCACAUUGUUGGGACAAUGGUGGUUGCUGGUGGAGAAGACCUGCUGCUGGGGAAUCAGGAACCAUCACUCCCUUGCUCAGAUGGCCAUCGCCUGCCUAAACACUUCUCAUAAGUCUUUCAAAGCUUACUGUUAACCACAUAUCAAGCAUUGAAGACCAGAUGGAGCUACCACCCUCUAACGACUAGAUGAAGCCGCCACCCAACUAUAGAUCAGCUCGACUUUCUAAUGGUGGUUAAGUUGGUUCAUAUUAAGUUAAGCCUCCCAGGACAAACAUCCGAUAAUGACUCAAGCCAACCCAACAUUGGAGUCCUUAUCAACUGGCCAUCAGUAAGAAAGGACUCUUAUUUUCCAUUCAACCCAAGAAGCUGUUAGUGUCCCAAGUUUUUUUGUCUUGCUGCCAUUUAAACCAUCCCCAAGGUUUGGGGAAAACUUCUUCAUGUGUCCAUUCUUCAUCUGUGUGAUGGCUGAAGGAUCCUGAGAUCUUGUCCUGUACAGGAACCUUCUGCUUUCAAAGGAGUAUCAGUGGUGUGUAUUUAUGUGGUUAAACAAACAACUUACCUAUCACUUCUUGUACUUAUCUAGUUUAGGUGGACAGUAUAUAAUUGUCAGGACUGAUGGCACAUCCAAGCAUCACUUUGCUUUCGCCAUGUCAUCAAACCGAGUAGUAACGAGUAUAGGCAAUCGGAGGAGGAAAGUAAUUCAUGUUUACAAACCGCCUGUAACAAGAAAGAUUGGACUGUUUCCCAGCACUAGAAUAGUCCAAAUGCCACUCACACAGCCCUGCAGUAACCCCCGGCUAUGGUUUUACGCUGAGUUACCCCAAACACGGGCUGUAAAUAAACUGUAUGGAAAGAUAUUCCCUUGCCAAAGCUCUUACUCUUACAAGAGGUAUUUUUCCAAACUGAAAAACUACGUUUUUAUGCACUGUUUUUUUAAUUUUUUUUAACUUUUCACAGCCCAGCCCUUUCCUAAUCCUCCCCCCUCGCAUCAAAUAGAGUUAUAAAAAAACUGCCAAAUUGUACAUAUUCUAUUUUAAACUAACCUAUAUUAAGCACCUUUCUCCCUAUUUUCCUUUGUUUUGGGCUUGUUUCUAAUCACUCAUGUAUGGAAAGAGAAAUAUCUGUGCAGUUGAGUUGCCAAGAGUGGGAGAGAGAGUCUUGCCCUGUGAUUGGUUGGCCAGGGCCUUUUUGCCCUGUUAAGUAGCAAAGAUUUAAGCUAGUGGAACAGUAGGGUUGUGUUCUCUGUUCUGAGGUUACACACACCUAGAAGAGAACAGCUGUGUUCUAGGUAGGCUUCUGAAGGUAGAUACACCUGGAACACUAUAGUUGUGUUAUAUGUCACUUUCUGAGAGUGAAGGCAUCUAGAACAGGAAAUGUAGCCUUCUGAAGUAGUGAUGAGUGGGUCAGAAGUUGUUCAACCCUAACCUGCUGCUUUCCUACCCAAUCCAGUCUGAAGUCCUCUUCUACUUUAUGACUUGUACCUGACCUCCCCUCUGAUUUCUCAUAUAUAUAUAUAUAUAUAUAGGCAGAAUUAACUGCCAUAGGGGAGGCGCUAGCCCUCCAGAGGGGCAGUUACCUGCUUGAAUUUUGACCCACCACUAAACCUGCUCAUCACUAUUCUGAAGGCCCCUUUUUGAGGGUACAUGCAUCUAGAACAAAAAAAAAUUCAGUUCUUGGUAGCCUACUGAAGGCAGAUAUGUCAAACAGUAGUAUUGUGUUCUAGGUCUUUCUGAUGGGUUGUAUAAAUGUCUGAAGACAGAGAAGCUUUGAGGACCCAUUACCAUAAGCAUGAUACAAUAUGCCAUUCAGUUCUGAGAACUGCGAUACUGCUAGAAAUAAACUAAUAUUACAAAAUUC